GUCAGACACACUCAGACUGUCUGCUCUGACCAAUCAGGAUGAAAGUGGCUCCUGCUGUCUGCUGCCUACGGUGAGUCUCAUCUGGACUCAGAGGACCCCCUAGACAGAGGGGUCAAGACACCAUGGACUCCAGACUCUUAAACCGUUGCUGCAUUUCCAAGUUCUUAUUGGUGAUGAUACUGUUAAUGUUUCCCAAGUGGAGUUCUGACUGUAGGUGUUUGUGUGUCCCAGCUCACGGGUGUGGAAGCCCCGCCCACGAGCCGAUUGAAUGUCGAAUGAGAAACAGUGAAGAUGCUCGACCUUACAGCUGGCCCUGGCAGGUGAGUCGACCAAUGUCAGACAGGCGUCAUUACAGCUGCUUUCACAUGUAUUUUGAAAGGACUAGGAAUAAUAAAAGGAUUUUAACUUCAAAUAUUACCUGUUAACCGUUAUCCUUUACUCGGUGAGGCUGAGGCUUACAUAAAAUCUUAAAGACAGAGAAUUAACAGAAUCUUUGUGUUUAAAUGUAUAAAAAUAAUGAGUUUUGUUAUAUCAGGAUUUAAGAUCAGUAUCAACCCAUGAAAUGUCUCUUGACAGAAAUCCUGAUAGAGUGUUUGAGUAGAGCAGUAAGUAACAGUAUUAUCUAUAUUGGAGACAUUUUAACAACAGAGGUCCCAGAACAGAACCCUGAGGCACGCCAUUUCUUAUUUCAAGAGGUCCAGAGGUGACGUCUUCAUGUCUGAUCGCUCCGACAGCCCAGUUUCACGAUAACAUGGUCCACGGGUCAAAGACUUCUGUGUCAAUAAAACGUGCUGCCAGGAACUCACUAAAACCCCUGAAUAUGUGAUGAUUUUAAGAUUAGUACUUUUGUUAAUGCUAAAGAAAGCAUUUCUUUAUCUAUGUGCCUGUGAAGUUUUAAACAAAUUUGAGAUUAACUAACUAUAAUAGUGCAGUAUUACUAGAACAGUUAUUAUUGCACACACACAUAUUUCCUGUCGAGCUGAGCAGUAGUUGAUAGUGAGAAAACGCGCAGAUUUACGGUGCAGUUUCUUUAUUUUCCAGCUUGUGACCUGAUAAGUUCAGGUUGGAGGUCAUGUGAGGACUCGGUGAAACAGAUGCAGGGGGACUGUCGUUUCUCAGGUCAGUGUUUGUGUCUGAUUACGGCUCAGACUGAGAGUAUAAAAACCAUCAGACACACUCAGACUGUCUGACCAAUCAGGAUGAAAGUGGCUCUUGUUCUGCUGUUUGCUGCCUACGGUGAGUCUCAUCUAAACACGCAGGACUUUUCUGUCUGAGUUUGUCGAGACUGAUCUGUUUUUUUCUUCUCUUUUUAAUUUAACCUCUGUUUUCAGACUGAGGGGGAAAAAUCAAUUAACUGUUAAUUCUCAUUUUCUCACAGUUAAAUAAAUGGAUACAUUAGACAUUAAAACACCAACAGUGACCUCCAUGAUUCAUGUUAACCUACACAAACAACACAGUAUGCAAAAUAGUCAUGACUGUCAGAUAAUAUCAGGCUUAUUUUUCUUAUUAUGCAGCUCGGUGAAAAACUCCUGCAAACUUAUCUCAAUUUUUUAAUAUGUUUACAAAACAAAUUUGAACUAAAAAGACCAAUUUAAAUUUACUUAAUCUGUUUUUGUGAUAAAAUUUUAAUCGAUUCUUCGCUGAAAUCUGUAAAAACCAAAGAAUAAAUCAGAUGAAGUCUUUCUCUCAAACUAGAAACUUCUUUGUACGCCAUCCUCACAAGUUUUUUUUCUCAAUAAAAAAAUAAGUAUUGAUAAUUAGCUAAUCUAAAACAGUUGCAAAGCACUUAAUUUCAUGUAUAAUUGACAUUUUUGCAAGCAGUAUGGAGUAAUUUGUUAAAAACAGCAGGCUAAGCAAUAAAAAGAAGAGAUACCAGGUCUGUAGAUCGGUAAAGUGUCACUCCCAAAAAAAAAAAAAAAAAAGGGCCAGACACUUUUUGAGUCUGGGCAGGAACUAAUUAAAUAAGAUUAACAAUAAAAAUAAAUAUUUAGAAUAAAAUAAAACACAUAAAAAUAAUAAAUAAUAAAAAAAUAAAAUAAUAAUAAACCAGGAAAUAAAAAAAAAAAAAGAAAAUUUUGGACAUAAAUGAAUUGUAUUGAUAAAAAAAAAAAACAUUUAAAAAAUAAAAUAAUGCCAAUAAUAAACAAUACAUUAUAUUAAUAAAUGAAUACACUUGAACAAUCUAUAAGCCUGAACUGAAAGUCUCUUAAAUACAUCACAUAUUUUAAAAGCUUAAUUUACUAAAAAUCCAUGUUAACUGUGAGUAAAAUAAGGAGACUGUUUACCUUUGAGCUCUGACUGCUGUUUGUGUCUCAGCUCACGGGUGUGGAACCCCCACCUAUGAGCCGUCUGUGGGCCGGGUCGUGAACGGAGAAGAUGCUCGUUCUUACAGCUGGCCCUGGCAGGUGAGUCCCGUACACUUGUACAUUACAAGUCUGGAGACCCAGACCUUUAGGACGAAAGCUGGCGAGGUACUGGACCAGCUGCAUGGCAGACUCAGUCUCCCAGCACCCCCCCCUAAACUAACUCAGACCAGAAACUGACCUGAGAAAAUAAAGGACUGAUAACUCCCUUCACUCGUUUCAUUACUCUCAUGUGUUGUGUGUCUCAGAUCUCUCUGCAGUACCUGAGCGGCUCCACCUACCGUCACACCUGUGGAGGAACUCUGCUGUCCCCCGACUGGGUCCUGACCGCCGGACACUGUAUCGGGUUUGUCACAGAUGGUCUUUCCUCAUUUUCUGUCUCUGCUUUGUUUAUUGAAAGGUGUCAUGUGACCUGAGUGUGUGUGUGUGUGUGUGUGUGUGUGUGUGUGUGUGUGUGUGUGUGUGUGUGUGUGUGUGUGUGUGUGUGUGUGUGUGUGUGUGUCAGAUCCCGUACAUACCGUGUGGUCACGGGAGAGUUUGACCUCACCAGAAACGAGGGCUACGAGCAGAUCAGGAGCGUGGACAAGAUCGUGGUUCACCCUCAGUGGGACGAUAACUGCCUGUCCUGUGGGUGAGGAAAUCAAACUUACUUCUGCACAGUCAUCAUUUGAUUUUUGAGGUUUAAUUUUUGCAUGAGACGCUCCUCUAAACUUCGCAGGAUUUUCUGUAUUGCAGAAACGACAUUGCGAUGAUCAAACUGGCCUCUCCUGUCGUCCUGAACGAUAAGGUGCAGCCGUCCUGUGUGCCAGAGAGCGGCGAGGUCUCUCCUCACAACGACCCCUGCUACAUCACUGGCUGGGGGAGACUCUACAGUGAGUUUAUUGUAUCAUAUUGAAUUAUAUCGUAUCAUACCGCAUCAUGUGAUAUCUUAAUAUAUCAUAUCUUAAUGUAUUGUAUUGUAUCAGACCGUAUAGUACCCUAACAUAUCAUAUCAUAUUGUAUCUUAAUGUGUCGUAUUUUAAUGUAUUGUAUAGUACUGUAUCGUAAUGUAUCAUAUCGCAUCUUAAUGUAUUGUAACUUCAUUAAUUGUGUAGUAUAAUAUUGUACCGUAUCGUAUCGUAAUAGUAAUAGUAGUAAUAGUAUCUUAAUGUAUCAUAUCGUAACUUCAUAUAUCGUAACUUAAUGUAUCUAAAUGUAUCGUAUCAUAUCGUACCAUAUUGUAUUUUACUGUAUCGUAGUCUAAUGUAUAGUAUAAAAUGGUAUCAUAUUGUACUGUAUCUUAUCAUAUCUUAAUGUAUUGUAUCUUAAUUCAUCUAAAUGUAUCUUUAUGUAUUGUAUCAUAUUGUAUCAUAUUGUAUCUUAAUGUGUCGUCUUGUAUUGUGUCGUAUCGUAUCGUGAUUAUUUGAAGCAUUUCCAUACUUGACUCUUUGUUUCUAUUCCUGCCCGUCUUACAGGCGGGGGUCCCAUCGCCUCUAGGCUCCAGCAGGCCAUCCUUCCUGUAGUCGGCCACAGCGUCUGCAGCAGCAGCGGCUGGUGGGGCAGUUACGUGAAAACCACCAUGAUCUGUGCCGGUGGAGACAUCCGCUCAGGCUGCCACGUACGAACCUUCGCCCUUCACCUGAUCACCUCGACCCCAGAAAACCUGCAGGAUCACUCACUCUGCAUCAGUCUGAAAUCUUUGUCUGUCUCUGCAGGGGGAUUCAGGAGGUCCUCUGAACUGUAGGGGGAAUGACGGCAGGUGGUACGUCCAGGGGGUGACCAGCUUUGUCUCUGCUCAAGGAUGCAACACCCUGAAGAAGCCCACGGUGUUCACCCGCACCUCCUCCUUCACCGAGUGGAUCAGCGACGUGAGUUUUUCAACAGAACAAAAACAAAAAAGCAAAAAUUACAGAAAAAUUAGAAAAAAAAGACAAAUAACAAAAUUUAUUAGGAUGCAUUACAGCUGAAACAACCCAUUUAAUGUAAGAAACAGACACAGUGACCCUCCUCAUACAGAUUUGAGGAUAUAAGUAAAGGUCUAAAACUGUUAAUAAUAGUUCAAUAAUAACUUUUAUCUCACAGGUCUAAAUAUCCAACAUAAAACAUUUGCUCUGUUUCAAAUGUCAGUGCCAUUAUUUUAAUGCACAAUUUAAAAAGCUUCACCUAAUUUCAAAACAUAUUAAUAUCAUCAAUUUCAUAUGUUUGUCUUUCAGACCAUGCUGAGGAACUAAAGACAUCUUUACUGUCAAUAAACUCACUAAUCAGCCACA